AUGGUCAAAAUUGCUUGCCUAGCAGACGUUUGCAUGGUUCCAUUGGGAACCGCAUCUCCAAGUAUUUCCGACUUUGUCGCUGCUAUCGAGAAAAAGAUUCGCGAGAGCCACUUGAAGAGCACACUCCACAGUGCUGGUACAACAAUCGAAGGCCCAUGGGAUGAGGUCACCAACCUCAUUGGCGAAAUCCACGAGUACGCUCACGAAAUUGGUUACGUCAGAGUCCACACUGACAUCAGAAUCGGAACGAGGAGCGAUAAGGUCCAAACUGCCCAAGACAAAAUGGAUGUUGUCUUAGAAAAGCUAAGUAGAUGA